ACAAGGACGACAACAGUGACCAACGUCAACAAACAAAACGGUGCGUUUAUAGCCUUUGUGAACACCACGCUGGCGAGAAAGAAGAAGCGGCGACAUCAUUUGUCAUUCGAGUCGCCCAAAACUCGCACAAGAUCAGCACGAUGCAUCCAGCAGGCCCCUCAUCGUCGCCCCCGCGACCGUACGCAAUGCCGCCUUACCCACCUCAACAUCCAGGACCAUACCACGACUAUGGUGCAUAUCAGCAACAACAACCUCAGCAACUCCCAAUGUAUCCCCCGCAGUUUAUACCCCCAUACCAGAUGAUGUGGCCACAUCCACCUCCACCUCACGCAUGUCAACAUUUCCCUCCCCAGUAUCCCCAGCUUCCACCACAGCCGCCCCAUGGUCGUCCGUACCAGCCAAGAGGGCAAGGUGGAUACAGGGGCGGAAGGGGUAGAAGACCAAAUGGCGCACAUAUGGGCCCUCCCUUCGUACCCCGUGGCAUGAUGCCAAUGCUAACCAGCCCCGUUGGACCGACUCCCGCCCAACCUCCCAUAUCUGUCGGUGCACUUCCUCCCCCUCCAAUGACGAUGCCCUCCGGACCUGUUGGCGCAUUCUAUCAGCCAAUACCCACACCGCCAUCGCCGCCGGAAUCGCUUCUCCCACCCACACCCCAACCUGAGUCCUCCUCUUCGCCGUCUCCCCAGUCCGGAUCUACGGUGCAUACAACAACCCCGACCUCUCCUAUUUCUGUGCCCGAGAUUGCACCCUCCCCCAAUCGCACCCCAAAAGCCACACCACCUACGAUUGCGAGCGUUCUCCAAGCACUUCCAGAUGCCGGUGUCAUGGUUCAUAUCGCACGUUAUCGGCCAACGGUCGAUACCGCCGGCAUCAUCACCAUCGCGCGGCACUUGACUCAGCGCGAGUCCUUCCCGAAGAUGAUGUUGGAUAACGCCGUCAUUGACAAUACGCCGCGUCCCAAGAUUAGUGCUGCCCUGAAACCCAGACGGCCUGUGCCAACCAGUGUCGUCGUUACCCCUGCCCCGACGACGCCCUCCUCGGUUCAGGUAUCGCUUACCUCUGCUGCGGUGUCUUCCCUCCCUACCACGCCCGGGACAACCACCGUGAAAACUCCUUCAGUCAUUUCCACGUCUUCCGCGCAAGCCCCACCGUCUGUCACGGAAACUCAGCCUACCGUCACGGAAACCCGCGAGGAGACGCCGAAGCCUGCUCCAGCACCUAAACCUAAACCAUCCUCAUGGGCUGGCCUAUUCCGCCCAUCAGGCACCCCGUCCACGGCCGCUACGGCUCCCGCCAUUAAAGGUGCAGGGAUCCAUGCGCAUGAAACGUCAAACGUCCCGACGGUUAUAACCCUCCCUAGCUCUCCGAUAAUAUUCACCCAGGCAGACUCUGUGGUUACCCGGGAAGAACCCGUUAGGCGUCGUCCGGCAGCUAAAGUCGAUUUAGAGCGGCUCGUGGCUGAUGGCACGGGCAUCUUGGACGAGGUUUUGAAGCAAGGCGAAAAUUGGCGCGCAGCGCUUACGGUGCCUAUGGGAUUAUGGAAUACUGGUAAUCUAUGUUUUGCGAACUGUAUUCUACAAACGCUCGUUUACUGCGGACCAUUCUAUGAACUUGUCACGGAGAUUGGUCAGCGGAUAGGUGGUGCCGUCGGCGGACGGACGCCUUUCCUAGACGCUAUGGUUCUCUUCCUCAGGCAAAUCCCCAUUACGACAAGUCCCGAUCCGUGGAAAGCUCGUCUUGAUGAAGUCGACUUCCCUGGCUUGGGCGGACCAGCCAGUGAAGCCGCGAAAAUGGAGGUGAUCAAGCAAAAAGAGUCGCAAGGCAUGGUGCCCGACUAUGUCUAUAAUGGUCUUUCCGACUAUCCGAAAUCCAAGCAGAUCUUGAAGGGCGGGCAGGAAGAUGUGGAUGAAUUCUUCUGCUUCCUUCUUGAUGUGCUCGAGGAAGAGCUCCUCACGGUGCUUAAAAUUUUCAGCGCUAAUCCAACUCCUGCUUCUGCGUCAUCCACCCAGGCCUCAUUCGGGGGCAAGAAACUCACACCAGGCAAGCCCGACGACGAGUUCGAGGUGAGACGUCCAGUCAGCCCUGGCACCGCAGCCCGCGGCGCUGAGGACGGCGAGUGGACCGAAGUCGGCAAGCGGAACAAGAAGGUUGUAUCGCGUUCUAUUCUCGCGGCGGAAACUGCCAUUACCAAGUUGUUCUGCCUCAAGACCCGCACUGUGGAUAGGCGUCCUGGUGCUAAGGAUGCGGUGCUUAUCGAACCCCAGCAAAGGCUGUCUCUCAGUGUUAUCGAUGAGAAGAUUACCAACAUUGAGCAGGCUUUGCAUGCAUUUGCGUCCGUCGAAACCAUGGAAGGAACUAACCUUAGCCGUCAAGUCAUGCUGGAUACUCUACCACCAGUCCUUGUCCUCCAAUUACAGCGUUGGGGACCUAGACGGAACGGCAGAUGGGAGAAGACUGAGAAAGAAAUCGCCAUCACUCAAAUCCUUGAGAUUCCCAAUGAGGCACUAAGUCCUGCGCGUCGGAGCGCAAUUUUACCCAAGUACCGGCUCUUUGCAGUCUUGUAUCACGAUGGUCUCUCUGCACAGCAAGGCCAUUAUACGCUGGACGUUUUGCGUCAGGACUGCUCCGAGUGGAUCCACUAUGACAACGAACAAAUAUCUCUGGCGUCACCGCCAGGGGAGGAGAAGCUGCGUGAUGGUAGGGUCGCAUAUAUGCUCUACUACCUCCGCAUCGUGUGAUCAGUUUACAUAUCAUUUUGCCAUGGACGUUGAGUCCACACUGUUGUACGUGUAUCGAUACCC